UGCAACAGUGAACAAUUUUCAUUGCAAUCGAUUCAUUGCUUCAGGGAGCCUGGUUUUCCUCAUCCUUAGUUGAUACAUAAAGAAGCCACAGAGCUCCCUCCUUUCUAACCCCCUCCGUUUUGUAUUUGUUUUCGUCUCAUCCCUGUGUCCGCAGACUGCACAAUCAACCCCUGCACAUAUAUCCCCUCAUCCCAGCAUCCUUUCCUCUUCCCUUCCCUCAGCUGCAGCUACCUCAGCGCUUUCGGCUCCACCCAUCCCUGCAGCUCUUUUCUUGUCUUUCUUCCCAUAGCCACGGUCUUUCGUUCCAUUCAUUCAACGUCCUGACCCUCUCCUGCUUCACUACCUUCGCCCGUUCCACUCUCAAGAUUAAAUCUUCCACAAUACACGUCAACGCCAGCCGAACUAACGUCUCCAUAAAACUGUCCUCAGGGGCACCGUACCUAGCCUUGUUUCACGCACACUUCCACAUGUUAUCUGUAAGUCCGAACCACAUCUUAUGCCAAACGUCUGCCCCUCACUUCAGACUUCCUGGCCCACUACCAAACUCUCUGUACAGGCAACCUGUCUCCUCACAUCGACAAAGUCAGUCCACAUUCCUAACCAUACUCUGGCCAGUUCUUCCACAGUGGAGCCGCUUCAACUACUUCCAAAUAAGAAAUCCCAGACCACCUGUUAAAAUUAAAUAAAUAAAAUUCUCAACCGCUAGUCUUCCCAAGAUUCCAUGCCUACCUCAGCGACAUUCAAAGAGCCCGUUCUCACUCAGUCCAAUGAAGUUAACUUUGGGGGAUGACAAAGCAGAAAGCUCAUCGAGACAUGUCCACUACAUUGAGUCUCGACCCCCGGGUUCCUAGACACUCCAGCCUCUUUGUGAUUCCAUUUGGUCCCCGGUCAUCCCCAUGCCAUCGACCCCCUUCAACCCUCGCCUAGACCCCAUCAUCCCACUGUACACAACCCAGACCAACCUUCAGCUCCCACUCAUCCCCCGGCAAUCGACCCCCUUCAUCCCUCUCCUUGACCCCCAUCCAGCCCUCAUCUGUCCUCAUCCAAUCCUGAACCCUCUUGACAAUCCAAAUAAAUCUACUUUUUAUACCAUUCAAAUGGCAUGGUCUUUGUUAGUGAAAUGGAGUUAUUAUUAUAACAAAGGUUCAGGAACAAGACCACGCCCCUCUCUCACUAAAUUCCAUCACCUGUGCCUCACUAAUUCAAUCAUCCGUGCAUACCUAUAUAUAAGCGUGUCUAACCCCUUUCUCUCCCAUUCGUCUCAAUUCUCAUGGCCCUCCCCCCAAACCCCAUUUUUCUCCUGUCUCCCCUCUCAAUGGGCGCCACGGUGGCUCAAAGUGGUUAGCACUUAUGCCUCACAGCAAGAAGGUCCUGGGUACGAACACUGGCUGUCCCAGGUCCUUUCUGUGUGGAGUUUGCAUGUUCUCCCUGUGUUCGCGUGGGUUUCCACCAGGAACCACAGGGGGAUGAUGAAGCAGAAAGCUCAUCGAGACAUGUCCCCCACCCUGAGUCUCGACCCCCGGAUUCCUAGACGCUCCAGCCUCUUUGUGAUUCCAUUUGGUCCCCGGUCAUCCCCAAGCCAUCGACUCAUCCCUCUCCUCGACCAUAUCAUCCCACCAUACACAACCCGGACCAACCUUCAGCUCCCAUUCAUACCCCCAGCAAUCGACCCCUUUCAUCCCUCUCCUUGACCCCCAUCCAGCCCACCAUACACUAUUCUCAUCCAAUCCUGAACCCUCUUGACAAUCCAAAUAAAUCUACUUUUUAUACC